AUGAAGCUCAUCACUGUCGCCCUCGCUGGGCUGGUGGCGCUCGUCGCUGCCUCGCCGGUCGAGACUACCACCGCUGCUGCGGCUUCCAAGUAUGAGAACGAUGAUGUUCACACGUACAAGUGCGACAGCGACAAAUAUGUCCUCUCUUGCCUCCGCUCGGGCACCUGCUCUUUCGUCGAGAACUGCUCUGUCAAGUGCAAAGACGAUACCAAAGGCGCUUGGUGUACCGCUUCAGCGACUGCUACCACUGUCGAGGAUCGAGCUGUUGGCGACCCUUCAGCCAUGCACCUGAGCAACGACGAAGUCAAGUACUCCUGCACUCACGAUGAGUGGAUACUCGCCUGUCCCGUCAACGCCGCUUGCGCUACCAUUGAGUAUUGCCUGGUCAAAUGCAUCGCGAAUGAGCGAGGUGCUGAGUGCUCGCCCGGUACAUCCGAGAAGCGUGACGUCGAUUCGGAUAUUCAUAUCGAGGACAAGAAGACCUACGAGUGCGCCAAGGAUCGCACUGGUGUCUUGGUCUGCCAGUAUGGCUUCUGCCAAACCGACCACUACUGCAAGAAGGGAUGGAAGUGUCGCGACAACUGCAACUGCUGCAAGAAGCCCAGCAUGUUCGACCGAGACGUCGACGACGCCGACAUUACUGAGGCACCUCCACGGUCCAACGACGCAUCUAGCAAUGCCCCCACCGUCGUCGAGUCGGACACUUUGGCCAAGCGUGAUCCUACCUGUGCGCCUGGAACCUAUACCUGCCUGGAAUCCGCGUCAACGGGUGCCUGGGUCAUGACCUGCGACUACAAGGGUGCGUGGCAGUACUCGUCGAACUGCGGAGAUUUGAAGUGCCUCGAGCGAUCCGAUGGAGCCGCCCAUUGCUGGAACCCGGGACCGGAGUGGAACACGGAUCCAGCAGCCGCCAAACGUGAGGCUUCCUGCAUGCCUGGGACCUAUUCCUGCCACGAGGACGAAUCAACGGGUACCUGGAUCAUGACCUGCGACUACCGGGGCAAGUGGGUGCAAUCUGCCAACUGUGGAGAUUUGAAGUGCCUCGCGCUAUCCAAUGGUGCCGCGCAUUGCUGGAACCCAGGACCAGAGUGGGAUACGACAAAUGGAGCUCGCGAUGAACCAUCCCAAGUUUCAUCGCGUGCUGCUCCAUCUCUGUCCUGUGAGCCUGGAGUAUUCGGUUGCGGCUUCAACUCUGCCACAGGAACCAGCUGGACGGAAUGGACUGUCACUUGCGAGCAGUCUGGAUCCUACUGGCAGUGGUCUGCCGACUGCGGUAAGGGUUGGAAGUGCGUUUCGGACGGUCGUGUUGCACACUGCGUCCCAAAACAAGCUUUAUUCGAAGCCUGGGAAGCUUGGGAGGCCACCCAGACCUCCACAUCGACUCUCGAGGUUGAGGCUUCAGCAAAGGCUUGA